AUGUCCCUUUUCUCUCCACAAAUACAUGAGCAAAAGGCCGAUUCUGUUCGCAAACAUUGGACAGAAAGGCUCCACGACGCCGCUUGGACUGUGUUUCACCAUGCCAAAACCCAUACUGGUGUUGGAACUGUGUGUGCGGUAGCAUAUUUCGAUCCAGGAAACUGGGGAGUCGAUCUACAGGCUGGCUCUCAGUAUGGCUACAAGUUGCUAUUCAUUGUUCUGAUUUCUGGUCUCUUUGCAGCUUUUCUGCAGGUGCUAGCCAGUAGGCUUGGUUGCGUUACUGGACUAGAUCUUGCAAGUCAUUGUCGCCUUCUUCUGCACAGUCGUCCACGUCACACGCGCUUAUGGCGCUGGUUUGCGCUUUACUCCCUAUAUGCAUUGUCAGAGAUCGCCAUCAUCAGUACCGACCUGGCAGAGCUACUUGGUUCAGCCAUUGCACUAUGUCUGCUCUUUCCCGCACUACCGCUCUGGGCUGGUGUUUUAUUGACAGCAUCCGAUGUUCUCGUCCUCCUUUCUUUGGGUAACCCCCUUCGUGGUAGACCAGUAAGAUUGUUCGAGUUAAUAAUCGCUGCCUUAGUUCUUGCUGUCCUCAUCUGUAUGGCUGUCAUUAUAGCCAAAAUCCAGGUGAAUUGGGGAGCAGCCUUUGAUGGUUUCGUCCCUUCCAAGGAAAUAUUUGCUAGCGGCGGCCUUUACACCUCUGUCGGUAUCUUAGGGGCAACAGUCAUGCCACAUAGCCUCUUCCUUGGUUCCCAUCUCGCAACUCAAGAUCGGAUAUCUUCCACCCCUUUGAAAAGCUUUCCUUCUAUGGCUUCAAGUAGUUAUGCUUAUCAGGAAGGUACCGACACUUCACAUGCAAGACAUUCGCUGUUCGGUCGCUUGAUCCAAUCGACAAGGAGCUACAUUAUAGGGCUUUUUUACAUUUCCCAUUCUGAUACUAUCGCCACGCAUAAGACUCACGCCGAUAGAGAUAACAACGAAUUGGCAUUUGUUAGAGCGCACUUAUACCACGGUAUUGUGGACGUUGUAUCCAGUCUUCUGGGAUUUGCGGUUAUCAUCAACUCUUUAAUUCUUGUUCUUGCUAGUGCCGUUUUCUACUAUCAAUCUGGAGAGUAUGGUUCAGAAUCUCCAGCAAGCUUGUUUGAUGCACAUACUUUGAUCAAGAACACUAUUGGAAAACCCGCUGCAUUGCUAUUCGCCUUAGCCUUAUUGGCAGCAGGUCAGAGCGCUUCUAUCGUCGCAACUGUGGCGGGACAGAGCGUUUCAGAAGGGUUUCUCCGCUGGAAAGUCUCACCAGUCAUUCGACGGCUUCUCACUCGUUUACUUGGACUCAUCCCCUCAAUAAUCGUCGCUGUCGCUGUGGGUCCCACAGGCAUCAACACCCUCCUUGUCGCAUCUCAGGUCGUCCUCUCCAUCGUCCUUCCGUUCGUCACGUUCCCACUUAUCUAUCUCACUUCGUCAAAGCGAUACAUGAGCGUUCGCAAACCGACCCCUGAAUCGAACGUCACAUCUUCGCCACUUGACGUAGUCAGUGGUAUUGUUACAAGAGAUCAGGAAGCCAUAGAUCGUGGCUCAGCUGCUGUGGAGAUUGAUACAGAGCCUGGGAGAGCAACUGGUGAAGGCGAAUUUGUCGAUUUUAGUAGUGGGAAGAUAAUGAUUGGUUUAGGGUAUGGGAUAUGGUUAAUAAUUGUGGUAGCUAAUGUUUAUGUGAUAGUUACGUUGGGUAUGGGUCAAGGAGGAUAG